AUGCCGACAGAUGGGGCGACGACGGGAAGGACGAAUAUAUGGCUUGUCGUGGCGAAAGAUGAGUGCGGGCUGACGCUGAUCUCGAACGAGCCGGUGCAGGUGUGGCGACCGAAUCUCUCCUCUUCCACCCUUCUGUCAACCCUCGAGAUUGGUGACUGGGCCCAAUUUGAGCUGGAUUUGACGCCGGGUAAAAGUCGGGUCGCCAGCCUGGAGAUCCUGAAAGAUCAAGGCUUCCCGGAUACGCAAAUCGACAAGGAUGGGCGAAUUGAGAUCAAAUGCCGAGCCAUGCAGGCGCUGCGCUAUUCCGAUCGACGGCUGCGGACGGCGCCGUGUUGGGUGUGGUCGCCGGAAAUUGGGUACAUCUACGAUGCGGAACGAGAAAUGACGGAGCUAAACGACUACAGCGUUGGCGUGAUGUACAACGUGAAAGUGACGGUGAUGGACAUCACGAGAAAGCUCAGCCACAUCUCAUCGUGCUUUCGGCUUGUCGAGGUCGGGGAAGAAGCCGCUGGGAAUUCUGAUCCGCCCUGGCUACAACAACUGGCUCCAAUUCCAGCUGAGGUGGUGCAGAAAAUACCCUCCUUCGACGCGCGCCGUUGCCUGCAGGGUGUCGCCUGCUACAAGCCGCCGAUGGACGCGCUAGAAGGGCUGAAGCCGAAGCGCCGGAAGAGCUACGUCUGGACCCCGAAUUACGGCAUCUUCCCCUUUGCCGCGUCGCCGGAUCCCUGGAUUAUCCAGGGCGAUGACGUCAUGUUCUGGCUUGAGGACAUCAAUCGGCCUCCAAAGCCGAAGCCAGCGCGGAAGCCGGAGCUCGAGAUCAGCGUCAUUCGGGCCCGGAAUUCGCAAAGUGAUAGGGAAGACGAGGAAGAGGACGGCGAGGGCUCAGCGGGCGAAGAAGCCGAUCGCCAAUCAGUGGCCACUUCCGUGCAGACGGUUCAGCCGGAACCGGUGAAACGAGAGAAAAACCCAAACCCGGUGUUCGAGGUGAAGAAGUGCAUCCCGCUCAACGCGAAGGCGAACGUCGAAAAGGAGCAGUGCCUACAAUCGGCGGCUAUGAUCACCACCGAAAUCGUGGUCCCAAAGGCUGAGGACAAGUUCGUCCACCACACCUACUACGGAGCGAUUUGGAUCAAGAAGCUGUGCGAACAACUGGAGGCGCUCGAGCUCGAUCUGGAGUGGAUUGUGGAAAACGCGUGGCCCGUCCGCAUCCGCGCCAUCUUCAACGAGGCGGCGAUCGAUCAGCGCGUCCGCAACACGGACACCGUCUACUGGCACCUGCAUCGCGUCGAAUCGGUUCGAGACUACCUGCCGAGGGCGCCCAAAACCACUCGCCCGCUAUUUCUCACUGAUGAAGCAAUGCCGCUGCGCUUUUUGAGGACUUUUCUGAACCAGGAGAAGACCAUUCGGGAGAUCGCCGAUUCGCGUCCAGUCCGGCUAGCGGCCAGGGCAACGGUUCGCGCGUGGAUCCUCGGCCGGCACAAGCUGGAGACCAGCGAGACUACAAAGAGGUUUAAGAUCUUCAAGAACACGGUCAACGAGGAGUACACGCGCGCGCUGAAGAAGGGCGAUGAAAAG